AUGUUACAGCCUGUGGGGAAGGACAUGAUCUUCCUUAUAAUUAACUAACUGAGAAUCAGAGCAGGACAAAAGCCAGAUAUUUCCAUCCAACAAAGAUCACCGACAAGCCUCCACAAUUAGAGGAACAAAUCAUUUUAGAAUGAGAACUGCUCACAAUCGCACAAUUUUCAACAAGGAAGACACUGUUGUGGGCAAUAACUACUCCACAACUAUCGGCGCCUUCAUCCUCAGCCUGGUUUUCCUCCUAGGCGUACCUGGUAACCUUUUCAUCGUUUGGAGCAUCCUGGCGCGCACCAGGAAACACUCCGUCACCACCAUCCUCAUUCUCAACCUGGCAUGUGCAGAUGGGUUCCUCAUGGCCAUCACCAUCUUUUUCAUCAUCUACCUGGCCAAGAGGACAUGGAUCUUUGGCUCCUUUUUGUGUAAAGGUGUCUUCUACUUGUGUAACGCCAACAUGUACGCCUCCAUUUUCCUGAUCACGCUGAUGAGCAUGCACAGGAUGGUGGCGGUGCUGUUUCCACAGAAACUGUACCUAAUAAGCAGAAAGAUUGUGAUGAGGAUGAUCCUGGCUAUGUGGGUGCUGGUCAUGGUGAUUGCCAUCCCCUCACUGGUGUUUCGAGAACUGGAAAUUAAGAAUGAUGACAUGAAUAAAUCAAUGACACUGUGUGGACCUAAUCACACCUUGGCCAGUAAUGUCAGGUUUCAGUAUGCUUUAGAGACGGUUUCAGGGUUCGUUCUUCCAUAUGCAAUCAUCAUAACCUGCUACAUUCUCAUCCUGAGACGCCUGAGGCAGACACAGUUCCAGCGAAGGCUUCGCAGCGAAAAACUAAUCCUUGCUAUUGUUGUAACAUUUGGCAUAUUUUGGUUUCCAUACCAUAUAAUCAACAUGGUGCAGGUUGCUGCUGAGUGUUAUGAAGAGGAUUCCAAAACAGGAAAAAUAUUGCAAAGCAUUCAUCAGUCCACCCGAGCAGUGUCCUCAGCUUUGGCUUUCAUCAGCAGCUGUGCCAAUCCCGUGCUUUAUACUUUCGCUGGGAAGUCCUACAUCAAGAAAAACGGCUUCACCUUCAUGGCUAAGCUUUUUGAUGGCACAUUUUCAACGGAUCAAACAGCAACCAAAAAGAGUCGCAAGGUCCCCAAAGACAGUGCAGGGCAGAUUAACAAUGACUCAUUAAACACUGCCAUUUUAAAUGCACACACGGGUUCAGUGAUCUAGGUUAGAGCAUUGAAUUGACCAUUAAUGCACAAAGUGCAAAACUACUUGUGGGCCAAGUCAAGAUUCACUGCAAGACUUGUAUUUUGCAAACAUUACCAUAAUGACCAUAUGGAAAAGCACAUAAAGCCUAAAAUUUAAAUAAACUGAAUUUCAUUAAGGCUGCAUGGUUGGUAUCACUGUUGCCGUGCAGCAAGAAGGUCCUGGGUUCUACUGCCAGCCGGCAGUCUUUCUGCACGGACUCUGCAUGUUUUCCCUGUGCAUGCGUGGGUACUCAGAAUUCCUCCAACAUUCCAAAAAUAUUAUUAGGUUUACUUCUCUCUUUUAGGUGUAAAAAAGUGUCUUUAUAGUUGUGUGUGUCUGUGUUUCCUUUGAUGGACUGCCGACCUGUCCAGUGUGUGUCCCGUCUUUUGCCUAAUGGAUAUAGGCACCAGCUCCCAGUGACCCUGUACAGCAGAAGCUGGCAGGGAAAAUGGAUGCAAGGAUGGAUGAAUUUCAAGCAAAUUUAAUACAGCAAACACAAAAGUUUUCCAAUGUUUGUUUUUAUUACCAGCAUAGUGCACGGAAAAAUGGCAAAAUUUAUACAAUUCAAUGGUAGUUCAAUAGCUAUUUAUUAGUAGUUAAAAAUGAAAGGGUAAAGCUACAGGAUAUAUUUCCAGUCCUGACUGUUUUUGCACAUCUCAGGUUUUAAGGGAGUUAGCUCCAGAGCUAAGGAUCACAGAAAGUAAUUAAUUCAGUCCCCUUAAUUUAUAUAGCACCACAACAACUGUAAGCUGAAUGAUCUUUACAUAAAAAAACGGUAAAGUUCUAAUUUAGUCACACAAAAAAUAAAUUUCAACCAUAGCCAUGCUAAUAUCCCAUCAAGAGAGUCCAGUUAAACCCAACUGAUUUUUAGCUCCAAAAAAUCUGAUUAAGGUCACUGUGAAAAGGUCUCUGUUUGAAACUAAUGUAUACCAGAUUGCAUUGAAUUUGCUGCAAUCGUUCUUUUUGAGCUGAUCUAUGGCUCUAACCAGGAAGGGGAUAAACCUAAACACGGAAGCACUGAGCCGGCUCUGGUUGUUGGCAACAAAAACCUGCCAAGAGAAGAAAGAAAAAGUUAGUAACAGCAAUACUAUUUGUUGAAAUUAUGAAUAAACAGGUAUCGUGAGGAAAAGGGGUGUCAGUGGAACUGAACUUCCAGCAGUUUUGGUCCAACUGAAGGCAUUACUCACUGUGGCCAGCUCCAACUAUACGUUUUAGCGAAAAGGAAGGUUUUAGGCCAAAUCUAAAAUUUAAAAGUAGACUUGUCUCAAGGACAAAAACUGAAAACACAAGAGAGGAGUCUAUAACAUAAAAACCUUGUACUUUAAAAACGCUACACUAUUAAACUCAAAAAAAGAAAAAUAUGGAGUGAUAAUGUGCAUCAUUUUAUAGUUUUGUAGAUUUUAACCAAGGGUUUUCAAUAGAAACAAUAUACGUUUAAGAGCUAAAAAACAAAUUCAAUAAUUAGUUUGAUUCCAACCAAUUUACUUGAUUAGUUACACCUCAACUUAUAUGUAAAAUUGGCUUAAUUAUUUAAAAUGCACUUAACACAACUAAAUUAGCCUAACUCCAAGCAUUAUUUAAACACGUGUUUUUAAAUGGGUUCAUUUCAUUUCAAUAUUUACAAUGCAUGUUCACAACUUAACAAUACUCUAACAAAAUAAGAUCAUUUUGCUCAACUGGUUUGUCCUUUAUGUGAAUAAUAAAGAAAACUUACAAACUGGUUUGUGAUUACCCCUCUAGACUCCUGGUUUAUAUGUCUAUUUUGACAUUUUUUUACUUCACCCUUUAUAUUUCCCAUUAAAACAAUUUAUAUUGC